UUCUUGCCUCCCCAGGUGUGACCUAGCUCAAACAUGGCAACCAGCGCUGUCCCCAGCGACAACCUCCCCACAUACAAGCUGGUGGUGGUGGGGGAUGGAGGUGUGGGCAAGAGUGCCCUCACCAUCCAGUUCUUCCAGAAGAUCUUUGUACCUGACUACGACCCCACUAUCGAGGACUCCUACCUGAAACACACAGAGAUUGACAAUGAAUGGGCCAUCCUAGACGUUCUGGACACAGCCGGGCAGGAGGAGUUCAGCGCCAUGCGUGAGCAGUACAUGCGCACUGGGGACGGCUUCCUCAUCGUCUUCUCCGUCACCGACAAGGCCAGCUUCGAGCACGUGGACCGCUUCCACCAGCUCAUCCUGCGAGUCAAGGAUAGGGAGUCCUUCCCCAUGAUCCUCGUUGCCAAUAAGGUGGACUUGAUGCACCUGAGGAAAAUCACCAGGGAGCAAGGAAAAGAAAUGGCAACCAAACACAAUAUUCCGUACAUAGAAACCAGCGCCAAGGACCCACCUCUCAACGUGGACAACGCCUUCCAUGACCUUGUUAGAGUAAUUAGGCAACAGAUUCCAGAAAAAAGCCAGAAGAAGAAGAAGAAAACCAAAUGGCGGGGAGACCGGGCCACUGGAACUCACAAACUGCAGUGUGUGAUCUUGUGACAGCCUGGGAUCCUGGGAACAGUGACCAUGAACUGCUGGCCCUUGGGACCCAUCCACUGCCUGACUGCACUGAAAACAUUUCUAAUCACAGCCCCUGGCCCAAAGACUCAGCACAGGAAGGGAGCAAGGGAGGGUGGCUGGGAGCAGUCAGGGGCUGGCUCUGCAGGAGGGAACUGGAUUUUCCAUCUCCCAAGAGACAAGGAAGCCACUGGUAAACAAGCAGCACUGGGCCCUUCCUGUGUUGACUUAACCCAGUUCAUUCUCUCUGGUGGGUUGUUGUUUUUCUUAACUACAUACAGUUGGUUUGAUGUGGCGCUUAUAUCUAUGUAACAAGCACCAAACAAGCCAUGAGCAAGCUUCUGCCCCUGCUCCAUCCAGUGUCUGAGCUCAGAUGUCUUUUGUAGAAUUUUAAAUUAUUUGAGUGAUGAGUAUUUUAUUAAAAGGGUCUGUGCCCACUGCCUGGCAAAGUCCCCAGUCUUCAGCAGACCUCUGAUAACUUGUCUGGAACAGGGCUGUUGUCUUCUUAAUUGAGUUUUCCUAGCAGUGCCAAACUCCCCCAUCCCCAGGAAGAAAGGAGAGUGACAGAGAGGACAGAAGUUAUGGGGACAGUAGUGGAGGCCUCUGGUUAUGGGUCCAACCCAGGAAGGAAACCAACACUGCUCAUGGCCUAGAAAAUAGGAGACAGGGCUUUGCUAUUGUCAAGGACACAGAGAUUAAAAAACAGUUUUAUUUUGCUGAGGUGAGUGGCUGGCGUAUAUCCACCGUUCUAAGAAGGGUUGUCAUCAGCCCUAAAAAUAUAUAAAACUAAGGUGAGCGACCAAGGCUUUGCAGAAGUGCUCAUUUUUUUCCCCAGACAGUUCAGUGUUCUUCCCAGAUGUGUGAGGAACCCCCCCGCCCCCCCCAACAGAUCCCCUGAUUUUUCAUCUCUCUCUCUCUUCCUGCUUUUCCCUUCAUCCUGCUGCCUGGUUAACUCUGAUACAAACACAUUGACACAUCAAAGGAAGCUAUGUGGACACCAUCUAGAACAUUCUAGUUCAUUCUGAAUCUUAACCAAAAGGACUCAAUACUGUUCUGACUGAAACAGCACCAGGAUCUGAAAGCCAUUUCCUCCCUAAGCCAGCCUCGGCUGACUUGGCUACCUUUUUGACUCAUUUUAUUACUCUCCACCAUCUUGGUGGUAGGGAAAGUUGGCUGAUGACAUGGCUUGUGUACACCUAUUUCUGCGAGGAGGCAGAACUCCCCCCAACUCCUUGACGAGCCCCCCUCCCUCUCUGGUGCUGCAGGUGGAAACAGCCAGGAUGGAGAUGGCAGAACAGCAGGAACAACAAGCAUGCAUCCUGAGAGAAGGCCAGAGGAUGAGGUGGCAUGGCUAGUGACCUUAUUUUCCAGAUGUCACAAAUCAGGUCACUGUCCAAACCCCAGCAGGCAGCCUGGGUCCUCUUUGGAAAAAAGAAACUUGUGAAAAAAACCAAGUGAGCACCAGACUGGAUGCCCAGCCACUUGGCGAUUCUUCAUUCCAGAACAUGCUAGGCUCCUUGCACAGGGAGGUCAGUCCUGAGAAGCCCCACCAAGGAGUGAAUCCGCAGCAGGAGGAAACAGUGGGGACUUCCUAUUUGUCACAUGGCCUUUUUGCUGUAUUCCUUAAAUGAAGGAUAAGCGAGAACAUUCCAGAUGAAGCACUUCAGAGGUUCCCAGAUCUACAGUAUUAGUGAAUUCUUCCACACUGAAAAGAUAAGCUUUCUCCAGCCCUUAGGCUCCUGGGAGCCUUGCUCAUAGCAAAGCUGGUGGGGAUUGAUGGUGGAUGUGAGGAGGAAGGAAGCGGCCUGGAUGGGAUGCUUUGCAUGGAGUGGAAGGGGAAGUCCCACACUCAGUGCAGUGGAAAACUCCUACCAGGCACCAGCCGCCACGAGCAAACCCCCUGCCACCGUGGAGCUGUGACUCCCCUCUGCACUGAGUGGGGUUGCCUCACUGGAUGCAGAUAAAUUGGCCUAAAACAAAGCCCUGAGCCAUACGGGUAACCAGAAGGGAGGCUCCCACCAUUCCUGUCCCUACCUCUCAGAAGAUGCAGUGUACCUGGUCCCAUCCUCCAGGACACCUCUCCUGAACUCAUUCCACGGUGCCGAGAUGAAUCUGACUAAGGGCUGGGCUCCACAGCUUCUGCUUAGGGGCCCAUGGUUAGCUUUCACUGCCCGUGACUUCAUUUUCCCCAUAGGUGAGAUGGGAAGUUAACAAACACCCCAGUUUUUGAAAUGGGCCCUGUGACAGAGGCAGCUUCCAGCGAGCUGGAGAAGUGUAACCAGGGGUCUAGCCUGCACAUGUCCACCAUCAACUCACAGGGGUAGUCUGGUUAGCCAUGGUACUCCAUGACUGAGGACCUGCUGGGACUGUGGCUUUGCUGUCAUCUUCCCAUAACCACUGGUUUUCCAGAGAGAAGUGUGACCGUCACAUCCCCUGGAGCACACCCUUCCUAAAAUCCCCUCACCUCAUGCCUUUGCCAUUCUCACAUCUCCCACCACUCUGACACGCUCUGAGGGCUCUGUUUCUCCUCAGAGCUAAUCCUAGCCAUCUUCCCCACCCCACAGAUUGGGGCUGGGGCCACCUUAUGUCCCAUGUUCUUUGUCACAUGGGACACCUGGGUGGCUUCUCUUAGAACAUUUUGCUCACACCUUCUCAUGUCACUUGCUGCAGAAAGGACUUGAUUGGUCUUGUGUGGCCAGGAAGUGAGACCCACUAACACGUGACAAUUCUAACCCAGAGGCCCUUCACACCUGUUACAGUAAACCCAGAGGCACGGAUGGGUCCCCUCCAUUAGCAGCCCAUUGGCUGGAAGUUCCAUGUGGGGUGUACUCAAAUUACUGGGUGACUCUGAGUACCUGGCUUUUGUUACCCGGUACUAACAGGUGGCCAUUGUUGUGACACAAGAGCGAAGCACCUACAUCUCGAUGAUGCUUGAGCCUUUUAUGGAACUUUUUACUAAGUCUUUGUGUAUAUUGACUCAUUAAUAAAGAAAC